AUGGUGGAGAGUGUUUCUGGUGAUAACCCAUGGGAAACUCUCUCCCAAUUAGAUCAAAGAGAAUUCUUUUCCCUUAAAAACUACUUUUCUACAUAUAAAAAGCCAUAUGGAAAAGAUAUUCGAUCUGAAGUUUUCAGAAGAGAGUUAUUUAUUCUUCUUUCAUAUAUAGAUAAAGAUAUGUCUAAGCGCUCAAGCAAAUGUAAGAUAAUUGGCAUCUCUUUUGUCGGUCCUUUCGUUUGUACAAAUACAAAAUUGCUCAGCAACUUUAUAGGCAGAUCAAAAUCGUCAAUAAACGCUGGAUUACAGCAAAUAGGUUUUUAUGCCGUUAAAGAUAAGAAAAUUUGCCGCCAAGUUUUAGGAAUUACAAUGCCAACUCUCACUGGAAAUACAUAUAUGAAGCAAUGGAGUGUUCGUGCUGUUUCUGAUAAUGCUAAAUUUUGUUUUCUUACAAGAUUCGUUCAUCCAGAAACACCUUUGAUCAAUAGCGACUCUCUUGAUAAGCCUUCUGAGCCAAUGCCAAUUGAGGAAGAGUGCAACUUACCACUAUUUGAAGAUUUCAAUUUUGAUUUCUCUUCUCUUUCUAAUCCAUUUUAA